AUGACUACCAGAGACGCAACAGAUGACCGCUAUAUUGACGAUUCUAUCCGAACUUGCAAAAAACCACCUUACAAGGUAAAGUCUCCAUCAUAUGUCAACAUAUCUAGAUCUAUAAAUGGUUAUACAUCAUCAUUGACACAGUACGAUAGCAAGAAACGCGAAAGUCGCUCUAGGGAUUGUAGUCCUAUCAAUGUACGUACAGUUAAUAGUAACAUGGAAGACCAACAUAUUAUGACAAAAUGUUCAAUUACUGAUACAGUUGAUUAUAGGACUGAAUCACCCAACUCAGUAGUUGUAAACACAAUUCAAAGACUGUACGGUUCUAGUGUUAAAGUGUCACCUAAGGAAAAAAGAUUGAACAACAUUCCUAAAUCAACUGUAAUACAUAGAGAACAUACACCUGACAGACAUGAUUUGCCUGUCUUGAAAUUGCUCAACCCCCAAUUCCGGGCAAAAUUAGUAAUAAAUCAUAAUACACCACCCCCAAAAAUAAAACCCUCACGAAUUACAAAUGGUAGUGAUGUAGAAGUUAAUGGCGGCCACUACUUUAUUAAAUUAGUUAACUUAGAAUGUGAUACAAUAAGAAAAUUAAUAUCACAGGUAGAAUGCUUGUUACCAACUGCUCCUGAAAAUGGCCAGGCUCGUAUCCAAGCUAUCGUUGGUAAAUCAAAUCUGUUAAUGUCCAAAAAAAUUCAACAAUUCCUUGGUUUAUGCGAGAGUAAUAUAUCCUGUGCACUUAAUGAUGUAUCCAGACCCAAAAACAAUGAUUUAGAAGGGUUUUGGGAUAUGGUCAAAAUACAAGUCGAACAGGUGAAAACUGAAAUGCUAGAAAUUAUUGAUAUAAGUAAUAAAGGUUGGCCUGAUGACGAAGACCAAAACAAGGAAAAACUUAUCAAAACUAUUAAAGUAAAAACAAAACCAAAAAAACCAGUGGUCUUAAAUUCAAAAUAUGACGCUGCUAGAAGAAAAGCCAUUGAAGAACAACGCAAGGCAAUGAAAAACUUAAAAAGUGAUGAUAUUAUAUUUUUUUAA